AUGUCAGUCAGUUUACAUUAGACAUGAUCGCUAGGGUAAUCCCGAAUUACACCCAAAGUUGGCCGUUCUGGUGAGGGUUUACCGGGAGAGAACAGACUGAAACACUCACAAGAGGCAUGACAGAACUUCAGGCUACUCUCGAGUUCUCUGUGGAGUACAACAAGUUCUACAAUGUUGAUCUGUUUCAAAGAGGGUAUUACAAUAUCAGAACCAGUCUGAAGACAAGUCCAAGAACUCCAGCUAAAAUAGAAGUGACCCUAGCAAAGGCAUCAGAAGAUGUACUGGUUCUGCCGGCCUGUGUUGUGAAUGGAACAGCCUAUAGCAAAACUUUCCAAAUACUCUAUCGCAAUGAAGAUGUCCCAAUCAAUGAUCUGGUUCUGUAUCGGCUUCACACAUUGGUUGACAGCUCGAAGAUAGAGGAAAGUCUAGAGAAGCUUGAACUACAGGUGGAAUUAGAAUUAUGGUUUUCAGAGGAGGAAAGUGGGCCGCAGGGUCUCCAUGAGAAGAUGGAAUGUGUGUCUCAACGUUCACUACAACUCCACUUCAGUCCCACGAAGGGGCUGCACCACCAUAUCCCUGUCCUGUUUGACUACUUCCAUCUGUGUGCCCUGGAAACCACUGUCCAUGGAACCCUCAUUGCAAUACAUCAGCCCUACAUCAGUGUCCCCAGACCUCAGAAGUCCAACAAACCAGCACCAGAGCCUGCCACGUUAGAAAUGGUAUACUUUGGAAGUAGAACAAUCUCUGGGGAGCCAGUGUUUAGUGAUACCAUCAAGAUGCACAAUGCCUACAAUGUACACAAGAAGCUCUGUACGAUUCUGCUGUCUACGUUUGAGUCUUUACAGUCGACGUUUCAGCUGUAUCUCUCCAAAAUCUCAGGGUCUCAAUUCAAACUGGAACAGAAGAACUGUCAUGUAUGGCUGGAGACUUUAGUUAAUAACUUACAGAACUUUGACAAUGAAGAGGACCUGCUACAGACAGCCACAACAGACAUCACCCAGUUAUGUGCCGAGAAUGUGAUAUUGUGGACGCAGUUCUUGGAGAUUGUCUCCCUUGAUCAGUCUGUGAUGCAUUACCUAGCUAAAGAGCACCACUCAGCCAGGGUUAAACGAUUUGCUGAAGGGUUUUUUACUCAUGAUUAUCCAAAACCUGAAUGCCUCUCCUGUUAUGAACCAAGCUAUCACGGCCAUGCUGAUCUAGCCAAUGUGGUACGGGAGUCCCAGUAUUUCCGCAGCAUUCCCGCCCUAAGUGUAGAGUGUACCGAGAUGGAUGGUGAUAGCAUCACUGUUCCGCUUAUAUUUGAAGACAUUUACUGCGAUCAUAUACCCAUGACUUUAGACAUUGCCCGUGAUAGACCCUACAGUGCCUCUUCUAAGAAAGGAGAAAAGGUCGAAAGACAAUCGUACAGGAAGACAGAGCCAUCUUUAUCUAGAAGUAAUAGCCAGGAAUCUCCACAGCUCAAGUUCAAACACAAAAAGAAAUUCAUCAAGAACAUUCGACCGGAUGCUUUCCGCCGACCAUCCACAUACUCCUGUUCCGAGGCAGAAGCAAAAGGAAAAACUGUUGGCAAGGACUGUCAGCUUGUAGGUUACAGGAAGAAGGUGCCAGAAUAUGAGACAAGCUCAUCAUCCAGCUACGACCCUAAAACUGUGAUCGGUACAUUCAGCCCCAACUCAUCUUCUAUAACGUCCGGAGACCAUGGAAACAUGCUGCUAACAAACUCUCUGUCUAUGCCGUCUCUGAUGGCCAAGUCGAGUUGGAGUCGUGCUAGUAUUAACUCAUUACCAGAAUACAUGGACCGUGAGAAAACACCCUAUGGUAGGCGGAGACAGAUUAAAUCAGAACUGUUCCCCAAGGGAGUGGUACAUUCUGACCCGGACAUGCGGGACAGAAUACAUUAUGAGCAAGCACAGGGAGUAGCAUCAAUGUCAACUUCUUCACCUCAGCAACAGGCAUGGUCUGAAGAUUCCGAGACAGACUCUACAAGUAAGCCUGUUCCAUCCCAAGGGGACAAUAACAUGUCCCUCCCUCCCCCAGGGAACAGUGAUAAAACUCUCCCUGCCCCCAAGAACUGUGAUAAACCCCUCCUUCCCCCUGGGGACAGUGAUAAAUCUCAUCCUUCCACUGGAGACAGUGAUAGUGGACUGUCUAGUGCAGUCUCCAGUACCAUGUCCAUUACUGGGCACAUAGAACCUACAGCAAACACAACCAAGGGCAAAAGUGGCCGCAAAAACAAAUCCAUGCUAGACAGCAAUGCCUUCACAAGUCUAGCUAAUGAUAUCACGAAAGCUUUAAAUGAAAACGAAAGUUGGUAUGUGACAUCGAAUGUAACAAACAAUGAUGAUCAAAGUGAUGAUGAAACUUGUGUUGCUAAUGGUUACGAUGAAUUCUUAGAAAAUGCAUGUUCUUUAGAGAGCACAAACAAUUCCUCAAAUAUACCUCAGGAAAAAGACUCUUUUGACGGUGCAAGGAUAGGUGUGCGGAAAGUAUCUGAAGGCAAUCCUCAGCCUGACCUCUCCCAACAGUUGGGUGCAAGACCCCAUGACCCUGAGGGUACAGAGGAGGGGUCGACACCUAGUCUGUCUAAAGACAGUGGCAUCAUCACACAGGAAUCUGAGGAGUCAGAUUUGGGGGAGGACAAGAUGACUGUGAUAGAAUUUCUGCGGACAGAGUAUGGGGGCGCUCUUGCAGCAAAGGGAUUGGGGCCUGGAGCCCCUAUCCGUCUCAGUCAGCGCAUGUCUCUUUCCACCACAACUCAACAUCAACAACGAGCUGCCAGCGACACAAACAUACACCAAAGUGCAGGGACACCAACAUCAUCAUCAGGGUCUGUGGACACGGUUGUUUGUGAGGCACCAGAGCCUUCCUCUAACGAGGUGGUGUCUCGGCCUGUAGUGUCUUCGUUCUCCUUUCCGGAGCUAUCCAAGUAUGCUGACAAUGACCGCCCGAAGCUGGUCACACAAGUGGGAUUUUCUACCCUCAGUUUUAUAAGUUUAAGAGAAUCUCUAAAACAACAACUGAAGUUUGAGGGAGAGAUGUAUAGUGAGGCUUCCAGUCUAGCCUCCUCCAUUCCAUACUUCCACACGCCUGAUGAUGUGGACUUUGGGGAGGGGGUGCACCUAGUUGUCUGUGUGCAUGGCCUGGACGGUAACAGUGCUGACUUGCGACUGGUACGGACGUAUGUAGAGAUGGCUCUUCCAGGUUAUCGAAUCGAGUUUCUUAUGUCGGAACGGAAUCAGGAUACGUUCGCAGACUUUGAGUUGAUGACUGACCGCCUUGAGUCGGAGAUAUUAUCAUUCCUAGAUCUGUACGGUAUUAACCCUUCUAAAGUCAGCUUUGUGGGACAUUCUCUAGGAAACAUUAUAGUGAGGUCUGUAGUGUCACGGCCUAAGCUGGCCCACCUGGUGCCUAAACUUCACACGUUCCUGUCCCUGUCGGGGCCCCACCUUGGGACGCUAUACAACAGCAGUGGCCUGGUUAACAUGGGGAUGUGGUUUAUGCAGAAGUGGAAGAAGUCAGGAUCGUUGUUACAACUUUCCCUCAAAGACCACAGUGAUCCCCGGCAAUCAUUCCUGUACAAACUCAGUCAAAAAGCUGGUUUGGAAAUGUUCCGCCAUGUACUCCUGGUGGGAUCUUCUCAGGAUCGUUAUGUACCAUACCAUUCCUCUAGGAUAGAAAUGUGUAAGGCAGCUCAACGAGAAAGCUCAGGAAUGGGUGCUAUAUACAGUGAAAUGGUGGCCAAUAUCCUGACACCAAUAGUCAACAACCCCAAGUGUAAACUCAUUCGCUAUGACGUCUUUCAUGCCCUAACCAACACAGCAAACACAAUCAUAGGAAGGGCUGCUCACAUCGCUGUUCUUGACUCCGAAAUGUUUAUAGAAAAAUUCAUGACUGUAGCUGGUCUGCAAUAUUUCAAAUAGAUUAAUAUGUUUUUUUUUUAUCCCAUUCUACAUUCAAAUUAUUCAUCUAACUCAUUUUAAGGGUUGAAAGGUCAACAUUGAAUCUAAAUUGUGAGAUUUUGUUUGUCCUACUUAAUGAACUUAGACCUCAGACUUUUGUUACCUUUGGAGAGAAAAGUCUUCGACUUUGUUGAAUCUGCUAACUUGGUUAACAUCGGUUCUGAUAUGAAUCUGUUUAUUCUUUGUGUCUUACUUUCACAGAAUUAAAUUUUGCAGUAUAUCUUAUUGUGACAAAAACAGAAAUUCUGCUAGGUACAAUUGUUUGAUGUUAAAUAUGUCAUUGAAUGCUCAUUUUUCUAUUUUUCUUUUUUAAGGAAAUGUAUUUUCAAUUAAAACAGGUAAUUUUCAUGGCAAUGUUUUUAAGUUUUCUGAAUAUAAGUUCCAGACAGAAAUAUGAAAAUUUUGUUGAACCUUUGAAUUAAUUUAGUGACUUAGUGAAUGCUGUGUAAUAACCAAAGAUAUGAGGGAUUAUGCUUGGAUAUGGAGAGAGGAUUCCUUAUUGUAAAAAUCAAUCACUCGACACAUUCCAUGCUAAUGCAAUAAGCUUGUGUCUGCAUAAUAAUUUAUAUCCGAUGAAAAAAUGUAGAAAUUGAUCUCGGGAUAAAUCAUAUAUAAAUCAAUCAGUGAAAGAUAAUACAAUGCAAUGAAGCAAAUGUGUGCAAAUAUGUUGUUGAUUUUUACAUGCAUUCUAUUUGUUAGUUGAACAUGUACAUUUCUAUAAAAUGAAUGUUGAGUGAUGUGUACAUGCAAGACCUGUGUUUUGAAUCUCGCCCUGAUCAUUAUAUAUACCCCAUAAUUUAAUGGUAUCUGGAGUUAUUGUUAAAUUUAUGCUCUCCUCUUUUGACCAUUACUGUUCGAUAAAUGUGGUGUCCUCAAUAUUUCAUCCCGUCCUGUAAUAUCCUGUAGCAUAAUAUAUUUAAUAGGGUUGAUAGGCACAUAUUAUUUUUCAUUUUCUUUAAUGAUACACUACGUUCCUUUUUUUGUGCAAUUAAACAUACUCAUAGUUUGAAUCACUUUUACAAAAAAUUGGGCUGACCAAACCACGAAAGAUAUCUCUCUCUUUUUUUUUUUUUUACUAAAACCUGAUUUGUUUUAUGUGUAACAGGUUAAAUAGAGUGCACAGUCUACCUUCAGAGUCUUGUCCUUGUUUACUAAGAUAUGUUUCCCCAUGAGGUACUUAACAAUAGUGUAUUGUACUUGCAAAUGCGUAAAAUUAUGUUUUACAUUCAUAAUUGUUAAUUCACUGACAGAGUGUAGUUUGUGAGAUAUUGUGAUAUCAGGUCAUUUUCCAAAAGGAAACACACUGUUUCCAAUCUAUCUAGGUAAGGAAUUUUUCUGAAACAAUUUUUCUUUCCAGAACAUUAAGAAAAAUUGCUGAUGAUGUAUGUUGAUAAUGUAGUCCAAACUUAGAUAACUUUGGAUUUAGAAGUAGUGAAAUAUAUUCAGAUUUUCAAUAUUUUUACUUGAUAGUGAUUGGUGUGGUCAUUGUCAUGUGAUAGACAGUAAAUUGUGAUAUAGACCUGUGAGAAAUUGAUGGUGAAGUUUAUAUAUAUAUAAAUUACAUGUUUCCGAAUCAAUAUCGUGUAAAUGACAGAUUAAGAAUGAUACUAAAUUAGAAAAGAAAAACAUUCAAUUAGUAGGAGAAAGUAUGCUUUUUGUUAAUUAAUGGUUUGUAGGCCUAAAAUACAUCAAGAUACUUCAAUUUACAGGUUGGUAAAUUAUGUCUUAAUGACCUUAGCACCGUUUAAUUUAUUUAAUAGUUUGAUAAAUAUUUUCCUUUAUAAAUCUACUGGAGGAAACUGAAAUUAUACAACUAUAGCCUCUUACUGAGGUCAGUACACUGUUUCUUCAACCUUAUCUAGUCCCUUUGUAUAUACUGUUUAUUGUUAGAAUGCUGUUAUUUUGUUGAGGUUUCACCAUGUCGUUCAUUAGUGCUAUAUACCAUGUCUGUCGAAAUCAAUGCUUCAUUCAACUUUACUAAAAAGAAUUCCAAAGACAUCUUUAUAAACAUUCAGACAUAUCCUUCUAUUUGUCGUCAUUUAUUCAAAAUAUUUUUGUAAAACAAGGUGUUAUUAAUUGAAAAUUUUUGGAAGUGCCAUUUUCAUAUAUUGUCUAUGAACAUUUCCAGAAAUGAACACUUCUCCACAGAUUAAAAAAUCCUUUUUGUGUAAAUUUUGUGUCUGUUUCAUCAAAUUUUACAGUUCAAGUUUUAUGCCUGAAAAAAUCAACUGUAUGUAUCCUCAAAUAAGCUCUGACCCUCCCCUAAUGUAAACGUUUAGUAUGGACAUAUUUGCAAACCAUUUUUAGCUUAUAAUUUGAAAUCAAUUAUUCUGCAAAAAUGAAUAAGGGGCAGGGGUUAUUUGUGGGCAGGGGUUAUUUGUGGGGAGAUACAGUAAUUUGUUUGUUUAUAAAUUGUAAGUUGAGUGAGGAUUUAUAUUGACUGCACAUAUUUACAUGUAUCACACAUUUUACUCAACAAACGUUUGUUUGGCCCUGUUACCAGUGUCCUUAAUUAAAUUACAUAUGGCUGAUGAGUUUUAACUUGUAGCAAACAAGGUAGAAAGGGUUGACGGACAAUGAUUUAUUAUUUAUAAUUUAAUCAACAUUACUAACAGAUAUACCUAUUAAUUUAAAAUAGUUUUAAUUGGCAUAAAUUAAUAUACAGUGUACUAAGUUGUAGAUGUGAUUUAUUAAUUUGUAGUGCUAAAUGAGGUUUUGUUUAAACUAUUUUUUGAAGUUUAAAUUUUCAUUGAGGAUAAUCUUUUUUACCAUAUACAUCUUGUACAUGUACACACAUGUAAAUGUUAAUUAUCAGUUGUAUGUGUGUUGUACUAUGACCAGAAAUGAAACUUAGCAGCACCAUAACCUUUAUAGCCAGAUUGUCCAUUGUCAGUAUCUUGCUCAAUUUAUUAGUUAACUGGCUGAUGAAGAAAUAGUGUUAUGGUAACUUACUUCAUAGUCCCAAAUUGUUCUGAUGUUUUAUCAACUUUUAUACAUACAUUACCUGAUUGGGCUUAGUAGGCUUUAUAACCUUGAUAUGUACCUGUGUUUCCAUGAAUGGCAUUUUUGAUUCGACCCGUUUUGCAAAUGAAUCCUGAGAUAUCCUACAAUUUUUUUUACUUAUGUCUUCAAAACUUGAUAGGAUCUAUAAUAAUGGUGUAUAGCUAUUUCCCCGAGCGGCAUUUUGAUUCAAAUAUAUUUUACAAAUUUUAAGUUUUUGCUAUUUGUUUAUUUCAGUGUUUAAUAAUUUUGUCAAGAUAUCUUCUACGUUUUAAGUGAUUUUUUUUUAAAACUUGGUAACCAUGAUAAAAAGUUUUGUUUCCCUGAGAGGCAUUUUGAUUCGACCAUUAUUGCAAAUGAAAUCGUCUUAUGUUUACUUCAGUGUUUGAUGUCAUUAAAACUUGGUAGGAUCUGUAAAAUAAUAUAUACAAUGUAGUUAUGUUUCUCCCGAGAGGCAUUUUGAUUCUACCAUUAUUUCAAAUGAUAUUGUCCUUUGUAAAUUUUGGCAUUUGAUUUUUGAUUAUUUUGGCAUUUGAUUUUUGUCCUGAGAUUCUACAUUUUUCAACUGAUUUCUUAAAAAUUGGUACGCUUUAUAAUCAUGAUAUCAGGUUGUGUUUAAUGAGUUGUAGACUACUUUUAUUAUAACUCCUAAUUACUGGUAUUUCUCAAACUGUUAGAAAACUAAACAUUGGCUUUGUAGUAUAAAAAAUGAGGGUUAUAGCAUGCCACGUAACCUCUCAUAAGGUGAUGUCAGUCUUAUUUCAAGACAUCGUCGGAAACCCAUGGUUGAUUGCACUACGCUACGCUACACUUAUCAGUAGUGUUGCGUAGUGCAAUCAACCGUGGGUUUCCGACGAUGAUUUCAAGAUAGUAUAUAACAAUAUAAGGUAUUUGACAGGCGUGUAAUGUUCCGUCCCAUGAUAACCUUGUUCUAUAUCGGUAAUAUAAGAAAAAUGGAUAAAACAUCAGAGUACUUCUAUGUUUACCACCAUUACAACUAAUAGCAUUGGACAAAUGUAACCUUAGGUGAGAGGUGUGUGGUUUGAUCCUGACUCGGGGUAGGGUCAUUACCAGAGGUAUAAUCCCUAUUCUUGCUUCACAAUGGUUGAUGUUACCCUGGGAUAACUCGGACGACUGGUUCUUUCCUGUAGAGGGAGGGGAUAAGUCGGACGACUGGUUCUUUCCUGUAGAGGGAGGGGAUAAGUACGAGGACUGGUUCUGUCCUGUAGAGGGAGGGGAAAACUCGGAGGACUGGUUCUUUCCUGUAGAGGGAGGGGAUAUGUCCGAGGACUGGUUCUUUCCUGUAGAGGGAGGGGAUAACUCGGACGACUGGUUCUUUCCUGUAGAGGGAGGGGAUAAGGCUGAGGACUGGUUCUUUCCUGUAGAGGGAGGGGAUAACUCGGACGACUGGUUCUUUCCUGUAGAGGGAGGGGAUAAGGCUGAGGACUGGUUCUUUCCUGUAGAGGGAGUAUGGUUUCCCUGUGAAUAGGAGCUACUUCCUACUGUCUCAUUAAGGGAGAAUUUUUCUUUUGGUCAUUCAGUAGAGUGUGUGUCUAAGAAACCAUUUUUUUGUGAUUCUGAUUUCCAGCAGUGAGAAUUCAAAUAAUGAUCUUGGCUACAUGUAUUUAUGUCUAGAUCAGUCCUGGUGGGUUAGGUGUAGACGGUUUUAAGUGCUGAGGAUCCAACUUGGACGAUAUAUGUUGAUAAUCUAACUACAUUUGUACUUAACAAGUAAACCCAUAUACUCAUAAUUAGUGACACAUGUACCUACUAGGUACUUCAUUUUCCAUGGAGAUAUUAAUGCCAGUAACCUACUAAAGGCAAACAUUACUAAAUUAUUUCUUGCCAUAUUAUUUUUUGUUAAUCUACCUGGUAUGUCCCAAAUUUAGUUUUGAUUAAAAUUGAAAUCAUUAGAACUGUAAUUGUACCAUCUGUUCUUGUUUUUGUUUUUUGUUUUUUAUUAUUUUAUUUUGUGAAAUGUGUACAAUUCAUCAUUAGUAAACUGCUUGAAAGACAAAUUAAGUGAAUGUUUCAUUGAGAAAAUAUUUCCAAUUAUUUGUUACAUUUUGUCUCUGAAACUAUACUUUUUUGUGAAAAUAAAAACAAUGGCUUUACAGUGUGCUUUACAAAACGUUCAUGACACACAGGGAUCUUGUAGAGUUCCCCUGUCAAUGUGCUGUUUUAAAUUCUACUUAAACGCUCUAUUGACUUGCUGCAUUGCAUGUAGAAUCGGUGAGGUAGGCAGAUUUGUAGAUGUAUAGAGUGUUUUAUUUUUUGAUGUAGUGCAAAGAUUCUAUUUUUUUGGAAUGUUUUAUCAAUCAAGGUUGAGAAUUGAACUUCCUCCUGUACAUAUAAAGAAAUGGUACUAAAAGGUAUAUUUUAAUAAAUAUACAGUUUUACCUAAAUAUGUACAUAUAAUUAUGUAAAUUAAUUGUACAGCUUCACAUGAAUAUGUAAAUUGAUUGUACAGCUACACAUGAAUAUGUAAAUUAAAUGUACAACUUUCAUGAAUAUGUAAAUAAAUAGUACAAUUUCACAUGUGUAUUUAAACUAAUUUAAUGAGUCCUAUAUCUAUUCCUAUGUUGUAUGUUAUAUAGCACAUAUUAAGAAUCAUAUCAUACAUUUGUUAGAGUGUGCAACAUAACAAACCCAGCUUAAUGUAAUAAUUAAACUCCAAAGUAAUCCUUGGUUAUGGAUGGUUGUAAUAAAUUUGGUUUAUAGAUCUCAUACAUGAAACGGGAAUCUAAAGUGCUAUCCAGUGCUGGAUGUUUCUAUCUGUCCUUUUUAUAUGACAUUAAACAAUUAAACAUUUCUGAUGCCCGACUCUCAAGGGAGGUAAUUCAGUCAAAUUUACAAACGGGGGAAAAACAUUCUGUUAUUCUUGUUUUUGGAAGUUUAUUUAUCUGAUGAACAUCUUUUCUUGGCUUUUGAAUGUGAUUUUGUUGCAGAAUAUCGGUCUUUGGUGAGAGAAAUAAAUAAAUUUAAUGCAUACAAGAUGUACAGAUUUUGUCAUGUAUUCCUCAGUACAGAUUUUGUCAUGUAUUCCUCAGUACAGAUUUUGUCAUGUAUUCCUCAAUAAAUAUUUCUUCCCAAAGGUUGGAACAGAUAGAGUAGUACUAUUUUACUUUUAAAUGAAGGAAGUAAAACAUCUUUCAUUUUGGUUCUAGUUUCAGUGAAAAAGUAGCAAAAUUGAUUUACUUUGAUGUUAACUUGAGUUAAGAUACUGAAAAUCUGUUAUUGUUUUAGAGUGAUUUGAGUUAUUUAUGAAGCUUGCUUAUAUUUGAUCUAUACCUGUCCUGGUAAAUGGUGACAAUACUUCCUAACUGUUGUACAUGUUUGUAUGUAAUAAAUACUCAAACACCAUG